AGAGAUACUGACCGUUAAGGAACGAUUCGAUCUGUAGGUUCGGUUCGUAUCGUGACAGUUCCGGUUUAGUGUUUGGCAAAACAUAAAGAUGAGGUUACUAAAAGUGUCAAAUCAAUGUUUAAACACAAUAAACUGGAUUAAGAGGCCAAUUAUGAGCCACAUAACUUCUGUUUGGCUAUAAAAUGUCCAUUGGAGACAGUUACAAGCUGCUAAUUCCAGUAAAGGUGCUAGCAUGGCGGAUACACUGUGAUGCCAAAAAUGAUGGUUGAUGAGGAAGAUGAAGAAAAGAACAGUUUGGACAAGCUGCAUUGAUUCUACAAGCUAGCAUCACAAGGCUCAGCGUAAUGGCUCGAGUGGGAGACGAGGGACACCCUGAUCCAGCUCACUCCCAUCCCCCAAAAACACCUCCCCUCAGGGUCUCUGCUGAUCACAAUCCAGAUCCAGCUGGGUUCAGGGAGUCCGGCUCAGACACAGAUAGACGGUCCAGCACCAACACCACCACCAUGCGAGGUCUGGGGAUGGGCGGCUGCGGCUGGCCCCCGUUCGUCGACUGCCAUUCCCGGGACGACGAGGAGGAGUACUACGGCAGCGACCCGCGGCCCCGGAGCCUGGCGUUUGAGGACAAGGAGCCCAAGCUCCAAGUGGGCCUGGACUCUGUGUCUCUGGCCAGCACGGCCAGCAGCCUGCGGACCCCCCAGUGCCGGAUCUGCUUCCAAGGCCCAGAGCAGGGUGAGCUGUUGAGCCCCUGCCGCUGUGACGGCUCCGUGCGCUGCACGCACCAGCCCUGCCUCAUCCGCUGGAUCAGCGAGAGAGGAUCCUGGAGCUGCGAGCUCUGCUACUUCAAGUACCAGGUCCUGGCCAUCAGCACCAAGAACCCUCUGCAGUGGCAGGCCAUCUCCCUCACGGUGAUCGAGAAGGUACAGAUUGCAGCCAUUAUCCUGGGUUCCCUUUUCCUCAUCGCCAGCAUCUCCUGGCUCAUCUGGUCCUCCCUCAGCCCCUCGGCCAAGUGGCAGCGCCAGGACCUGCUCUUCCAAAUCUGCUACGGCAUGUACGGCUUCAUGGAUAUCGUCUGCAUAGGCCUCAUCAUCCACGAGGGAUCGUCAGUGUAUCGAAUCUUCAAACGAUGGCAGGCUGUCAAUCAGCAAUGGAAAGUACUGAACUAUGAGAAAUCAAAGGACUUGGGCGACCCGUUGAGUUCGAGCAGCAAGGCGGGGGCUCGCGGCUCUCGCAGUAACCCUCACGGUCUGGCCAGCAGCAGCGCGGGGCGACAGAGCAGGAGGCUAAGAACUAUUCUGAACCACCACUGUGGAUACACCAUCUUGCACAUCCUCAGCCAACUGAGGCCGAACGACCCGCGGAUCAGCGCCGCAGCCAACCGGGAGGUGGUGAUGAGGGUCACCACAGUAUGAGACGGACGGGGACGUUGUUGUUUGUGUGCAGAUGUAAAUGAGAGCACGGACUCAUGGACCUGAUCUUAAAUAAAAAAGACUGGUGUAGGCGACAGGAGCCCUGCGAGGAGCCGCCUGACAGACGGCACACUCUGGAGGAUUUCUCCUCUUGUUUCGUACUACAAAAGGAAGCCUGAUGCUCCUUCUCAAUAAUUUAAGAACUCAUGAAAAAAGGACGAAAACGCAUUAAAAGACAUCAAAAUAAAAUGUGAGGAGGAGGAAAAAAAAGUGUAAACAGGCUUUAUAACCUAACCCAAGACGAUGAGACGUUUUUUCCAGUUCAAUAUCAGGAUGCACAGAGACAUUUUACUUUGAUUUGAUCCUCUUGCUUUGGUUUGUAUCUCUUCUUUUUUGGGUUUUCUUUUUUACUACUCACUUUGAUUUUGUACGGAUGUAUGAUUUUAGAGGAAGUCAUGUAACUCCAUACAUGCCAAGCAUUUCCAGACAUCUAUGUAUAAUGAUCUUUAAAAUUUCUACAAGCUAAACGAUGCUGGUAAAAAGACCGAAAACUGAAACAAACAAACAAAAACAUGAGGGGGAAACACUGAGGUGACAGCUGAACUAAUAAGUCUUAAUGAAGUAAAAAAGAAAAAAGAGAAAAAAAGAGAAAACAAUAAGAUUCAGUGACACUUAAACCUUUCUGCAAUAAAGAUACGUAUGUACAUUUCACAGGGAAUUUUGCAUGGGUAUAUAAUUUUAUUCUUCAUCACAUAACAUAAGCACAUGACAGAUUUGCUCUAUUUCGAAUGGUGCUUGCCAAAAUAAACACUUUAAAGACAUCUGAUUUCAUUGCACCAACUUUUUGUCAACAUGACAAAUGGCAGUGUGUUACAGCUAUUUCAGCUAAAAUACAGAUUGUUGCUGCUGUGUGCUGAUUCAGAUUUGAUAAUAAGUAAACUAUUGGAUUAAAAACGGGGAUCGAUGAUCUCUUACUACCCUG